GUGUGUGUGAGUGUGUGUUUUGGUCAGGGCCGAGGCGGCGGAAGUCUCGGCGGCGGGGCUGGGUGAGGCACGCGCUGCGCCCCCGCCCCCACCCCCUCCCGCGCCCCGCCGGGCUGAGCCGCCUCCCCUCCCCCUCCUCCGCCCGCCCUGCCCCGGCUCGCCCGCCAGCCCCGCCGGACGGACAGACGCCGCUGCGCCGCCGCCCGCUUCCCCCGGCUCCGCGUCCUCCCCCUCUCCCGCUCACGGCCGCUGCGGCCCGGCCAGGUUGUUACUGGCAGAGGCACGACUGAGAUCUGAAUCCUGGAACUUGUUUUCGAAAGCGUGAAACAAAGGACUUCUUUCUAAUUUGGGCAUGGCUAAUCGAGGAGCAACAAGACCCAAUGGGCCAAAUGCUGGAAAUAAAAUUUGCCAGUUCAAACUAGUACUUUUAGGAGAGUCUGCAGUUGGAAAAUCUAGUUUGGUGCUUCGUUUUGUAAAAGGACAGUUUCAUGAGUUUCAAGAAAGUACGAUUGGAGCUGCUUUUCUGACCCAGACUGUAUGUCUUGACGAUACAACGGUAAAAUUUGAGAUUUGGGAUACAGCUGGGCAAGAGCGGUACCACAGUUUAGCACCCAUGUACUACAGAGGAGCACAAGCAGCUAUAGUGGUAUAUGACAUUACAAAUGAGGAGUCGUUUGCCAGAGCGAAAAAUUGGGUCAAAGAACUUCAGCGACAAGCAAGUCCUAACAUUGUAAUAGCUUUAGCAGGAAACAAAGCUGAUCUAGCUAACAAAAGAGCUGUGGAUUUCCAGGAAGCACAGGCUUAUGCAGAUGACAACAGCUUAUUGUUCAUGGAGACUUCUGCCAAAACAUCUAUGAAUGUAAAUGAAAUAUUCAUGGCAAUUGCAAAAAAAUUGCCCAAGAGUGAACCACAGAGUGCAGGAGCCAACUCUGCCAGAGGAAGAGGAGUGGACCUUACUGAACCCACGCAACCACCCAAGAGUCAAUGUUGUAGUAACUAAAACAUCAGUUGCUUUAAACUGUUCUGAAUAUUCUUCUGCUUCCUAACUGUUAAUAACCAUGGAAUUGGAGUGCUUAACCUGGCCCAGUACAGCUUCCAAACAGCGAAGAGACUUACAAUAAUAGUCAAGUUCAUGAUACAGAGUUUUCUUUUGACCUAAAAUUUUAACAUGCAUGUAUCCACCACUGGCUGUAAUGUUUCAGUAGUAGAGGGGAGAUGGAAGCAGAAUAAACUUCCUUCAGUUCAAAGGUUUUAAAAAUCACUUGCCAUUAGGGGUGUAGGAGAACUACUUUCCAUGGACCUAAUUGGCCAGUUCCUGUAGCCUCAAUACUGAUUACUGUUAUAAUAAAUAGGAUUGGGACUUUUCUUAAUUCUCAGUUGUGCUUUAAAACUUUUUUAGAAACAGGGUCUAAAAAUGACUUAAACUUAUUUACAGUAUUGAUGCAACCAGUUGUUUCUGCAGGUAUAUACUGUUUAGUUAUACAUUCCAUAGUUUAAUAAUUUAAUUACAAAUAAUACUUGCAUUAACAAUUCUGAGAACCCUAUGCUUGCAGGAAAGUGGAGUUUUAGUUGGUACACUGUAUGUAAAUUGUAUCAACCCAGUUAGUUAUCUAAAGGAAUUAGUGAUAAAUCAAGUUUAACUUAAUUUCUAAUCUGAUCAGAGGGUACAGCCCAGUAAAUUCAACUUUAUGACUUAAAUUUUUUUUUUUCCCUCUACAAACUGUAAGAGCUCUUCAAGUAAAACCACAACAAACUCUGUGUCUGUGACUUCUUUCUUGGUUUUGAUCAUUGCUGGCCAUUACAGUUUUAUGGGUUUUUUCCUCUAAGGAAAAACAAUAGUGCACUAACGAUUAUGUACAUCCAACUUGAUUUUAAAUUUGGGUAUUAAUGUACUGUAAAUAGGUACUCUGCAUUGUAGUCUACAUUUGUUUAAUACUUUCUGUAAUAUUUAAGAGUUGCUUAAAGGUAUACAGAAUGUACAGUUACUUAAAGCUAACUUUUUCCUCUCUAAUCAAAGGGGGUUCUGAGUUCUUCCUCUAUGGCUAGAACAGUAAUAAAUGAUGCUCCUGUAUCUGUAACAUAAGUACUGCUGUCUGUCAGUAAUGAACUUUGCAACUUUGUUUUCCAAAGUACAUUUUAUUUUGAUCUGUCCAGUAUAUUGCACUAAUUCUUUUAGUUAUUUUCAUUAUAUGAAAUCUACCAAGUGUGUCAGAAGAGAUGAAUUAGUCUAUUUAAAUGUUGAACUGGUAGCAGAAACUUACUUGUGCAGAUUUUAAAUUUGCGGUAAUCUGGGUUUAGCAAGGAAAAUGACAGUUCAUCAGUGUUUAGUUUUAUAUUGAGGUGCUCAGGUUUGAAUAAAAUGGUUUAAAAAAGAAAAAAA